CCGCCUUCUCCAGAGGUUCAAAGGUUAAAAUCAAACGCACCGGUCAGUCAGCAGGGUAAGGAAGCCCGCGAGGUCAAAUCUAAGCUCAUAAAGCGCCAAAACAGUCAGAAAACAGGCGGCACCGAGUGACUGUUUCCUCUGAAGUUUAUCUUCGUUCAUUUAUCGUCUCAACCCGCUCAGGGUGCGUUACUUUCACUGUCCUCCGCUGUCCCGCUCGGCUAGCUCCGCCCCGCUGUCAGGAGUCAUCCAUCUUGUCGGUAACGGUUAACGGGCUCGCUGUGUAGCUGCGGUGUCGUUAGCUAUGAGCUCUGCGGUGGUUUAAGGCCGGUAACAGGCAGAAGAUGUCCGGUAGCGGCGGGUUCCGGUGGACGGUGGUGGUUCUGACCUGCCAACAUAAAGACAGCGUGUACUCCUUCCAGAGAGAGUUGGAGUUGCGUCAGCAGCGUGGUUCUCUCCCUCGGGGUUCGUUGGUUUUGACGGUGCCGGACCGCCAGGAGCCGUUGGGCAGCGGGGGGGCGACGCUGAACGCUCUGCUGGUCGCUGCUGAACACCUGAGCAACAGAGCGGGACACACAGUGGUGACAGCAGAUGUUCUGGAUGAAGCACACAUCCUCAUCCUCCACACCGGUCGGGACUUCCCCUGGAGCUCCUGCAGCCGGGCCUUCUGCUGGCUUCCUGCUCAGAACCCCGACCAGAGAGUCCAGGCUCCGGUCUGCUGCCUGGACCUGCUGCUGGACCGCCUCAGCACCCAGAUCUGUCCCGGUUCUCCUCCUGGUGUCUGGGUCUGCAGCACCGACACGAUCCUCAGCCUCCCCCCGGACUUCACGUUGUCCUGGGACGGGUUCUCUGGCGUUCGGGUUUUGGCGUUACCGGGCGACGUCUCCUUCGCAGCCAAUCACGGCGUCUACCUGUGCGACCAACAGGGUCGGGUCAGGGACAUCAUCUACAAGGGAACAAAGGAGCAGAUUCAACCAGCUGUGAUGGCUGAUGGGAAAGUGCCGCUGGUCUCAGGUCCAGUCUUCUUCAGCAGGUGUGUAUCAGAGAAGUUGCUGCAGACUCACGUCAGUCCUCCUCUGGACGGCUGCACCUACCUGGGCCUGGACUCCGGAGCUCCGCCCCUCCAGGUGUCUUUGUUCCUGGACGUGCUGAAGUGUCUCUGCUCGGAUCUGACCCGGGAUCAGUUUGUGAGCGAGGACAGAGCCGGCUGCAGUUCUGCUGUGGGACCACAGGGGGCGUCGGUGCGGAGCGGCAGGGCGGAGCUGUGGAGGAUCCUGAGGGGGAGUCCGCUCACAGUGGCGUACGUCCCCGGCGGUCGCUAUGACUACCUGACUCUGUCCGGGAAGCAGCACGUGGAGCGUCUGAGCCGUGAUUGGACAGACAGGAACACUCUGUCUCACAUCCAGAGAGCGGGCGCGGUGAGCGACGGAGGUCGAGUCAUCAACAGCGUCCUGGAGGGAGACGUUGCCGUGGCAACCGGAGCGGUGGUGACACACUGCCACCUACAGGGUCCUCUGGACGUCCCGUCAGGUUGUUUACUGUCGGGUCUCGAGUCGGUGACGUCACCGCUGGAGCUGGCCAAGGACAUCAUCAUCCAGGGACACCGCAUCGAGCUGGGGGAGCUGAAGCUGAAGGUGUUCACUGUGACGGGAGCGCGGGACGAGCUGGAGGUCUCCUCUGAUGACAGCAGCGCCUCCUUCCUCAACCAGAGAUGGAGCGUCUUCUUCAGCAGGACAGGAAUCCAGCCGGAGGAGUUGUGGGUCAGAGGAGAACGCCGCUCCCUCCUGGAGGCUCGUCUCUUCCCGGUCCUCCAGCCCAGAGGGGGCGCUGUGGGUCUGGAGGGAGGCGUGGGCUGGCUGCUGGGUGGGGGCGGGGGCGGCGGCCUGCAGAGGUGGCGGGAGGCGUGGAGGCUCUCUCUGAAGGAGGUGAUGUCGCUCAGCCACCAGGAGGCGGAGCUGCAGUGGAGGGAGGAGCUACUGUUCCUGGCGGGGAGGAGGAGAGUGGUCGACGCUCUGAGGAGUCGCACCGACGUCUGCCUGCUGCCUUGCUUCAGGGCGGCGGUGCUGGGGGGCCAGCAGGGGGCGCUGCUGGAGACCCUGGACAGCAUCGCAGCAGGAAGCAGCGAGCAGGGGGCGGAGUCAGGGGCGGAGCUGGGCGUGGCCGCUCGCUGCCUCUCCUGUAUUGCUGACGUGUUGGUGUGCAUGGCGGGGGGGAGGGGAGGGCUGAGGAGCGGGCCGGCCGCUAACGAGGCCUGGAGGUCCGCCCACUUCCUGCUGGAGGAGGGUAACCUGAGGGGCGGAGUCUACGCGCUGGCUGCUCAGAGAGAUCAUUGGCUCAGCAGGCCGGACCUGCUGGUGCGGGCCGCACGCCACUACGAGGGCGCCGGCCAGGUGCUUCUACGACAGGCUGUGAUGUCAUCGCAGAGGUUCAUCUCCAUUGGCCAGGGAGAGGCCCCGCCCCUCGAAGAGUGGCAGGAAGUGGAGUGUCCGGCCAGAUUGGACCUGGCAGGUGGUUGGAGCGACACCCCGCCCAUCGCCUUCGAGCACGGCGGCUCCGUGACCAACGUCGCAGUGAAGGUUGAUGGGAAGCGUCCGAUUGGCGCCAGGGCCCGUCGCAUCAGAGAGCCCCGCCUCCUGCUGGUCAGCUACAGCGGGGGGCGGGACAACGGCGUUUCCACGGAGACGGUGUGCGACAGCCUCGACGACCUGAGGGAUUACUGUCAGCCUCACGCACCUGGAGCGCUGCUGAAGGCGGUGUGUGUGUGCAGCGGCCUGGUGUCUCUCUCCUCCCAGCAUCCUCUGGGGGAUCAGCUGAUGCAGCGGUGGGGAGGAGGGGUGGAGCUCCACAGCUGGUCGGUGCUGCCCACUGGAUCUGGACUGGGUACCAGCAGUAUCCUGGCGGGGGCGCUGUUGGCCGCGGUCUACAGGUGUACCGGUCGAACCUACAACACCGACUCCCUCAUCCACGCCGUCCUCUACCUGGAACAGAUUCUCACCACAGGUGGUGGCUGGCAGGAUCAGGUGGGAGGUCUGGUGGGCGGAGUCAAGGUGGGUCGUUCCAGAGCGUCUCUGCCCCUGCAGGUAGAAGUGGAACGUCUCCGUCCUCCAGAGGACUUCCUGGUUUCUCUGGAGCGGCACCUCCUGCUGGUGUACACCGGCAAAACCCGCCUGGCUCGCAACCUGCUGCAGGAUGUGGUUCGUAGCUGGUACAGCCGUCUGCCCUCGAUGGUCCAGAACGCCCAGCAGCUGGUGGCCAACGCCGAGCAAUGUGCCGCAGCCUGUUCAGACGGUUCUCUGUCCCGACUGGGUCUGUGUCUGGACCGCUCGUGGCAGCAGAAGAAGCUGAUGGCUCCCGGUUGCGAGCCGGCCUCGGUGCGGACCAUGAUGGAGGCCCUGAGGCCGCUGGUCCUGGGUCAGAGCCUGGCCGGGGCUGGAGGCGGGGGCUUCCUCUACCUGCUGACCCGGGAGCCUGGACAGCGGCAGGCGGUGCUGCAGGUCCUCAACAACACCGCGGGUCUGGGAGACUUCAGUGUUCACUCUGUGGAGCUGGACCUGGACGGGAUUACAGUCCUACCACCGUCCUGAGGACACACAUUGUCUCUCAUACUAACGACUCACUGAUCAAACUGGGAUCAAUAUGAAUCACAAUCAAUCUAUCAAUACGGCCUCGUUGUUCCAACUUCCAAAAACUGUGAUAAAAUAUUCUAUUUCUCCAGUUUGAAAACAACUGUUCUAAACCCCUAACCCCUAAACCCUAACCCCUAAACCCAAACCCCUAAA